UGCCAAGUGAUGUUUAACCUUCCAUUACAGGGUGCAACAGAAACCCAGAUGCAACUUGAUGCUUGACGCUCUGCUGUAAUACGUCAAUGUGAUCAAAUGACAUAGAAGAAAGUGUAAGGUUCUCUAGUUACACUGUCUUCGUCUGCCGGCAGCUAAGCCCCUGAGAUUGUCACCGAGAAUAGCCGACUGCCACCUAACAUCUUGGUCAGGAUGUACGGACAAAUCCUUCAUCCGAACAGCCCCGAUGAUUGCUUUAUUAAUGUCAAUGUUGGUGGUUUCAAACAGCGAAUGGAGCACGGCGUUCUGAAUCGAUUCCCACAGACACGUUUGGGUCGCCUCCUGUGUUGCAGCUCCAAAGAAGCAGUCCUGGAGCUCUGCGAUGACUUCACUCCCUCGGAAAUGGAGUACUACUUUGACCGCAAUCCGCGUUUCUUCUGCUACGUUAUCAACUUUUACCUCACAGGCAAAAUCCAUCUGGUGGAAGGGUUGUGCGUGGUGUCGUUCGUCCAAGAGAUUGAGUAUUGGGGCAUCAAGGAGCGCCACCUGGACUACUGCUGCAGCAACAAAUUCUAUGAACUGAUGCAGCUUGCUGAAGAUAAGAGCUGGGAUCAGAGAAGUGAUGAGUUGCAAAGUUCAGGCUCAUCUAUUGAGGAGCUGUCAGUUUUGAAGGAUGACAUAGAAAUGUUUGAAGGCUCCUGGUGUGCUGAUGUUCGCAGGAAUAUCUGGAUUCGACUUGAGGAUCCAGCCUACUCUACUUCAGCCAAAGUGAUGGCUGUAGCAUCCCUGAGUGCGGUCAUUGUCUCAAUUGUUGCCAUGUGCGUCCACAGCAUGCCAGACUUCAAUCAAGUGGAUCACAAUGAGAGGGAGAUUGAAAACCCCGUUCUGAAUUUCUUCCCACUGUAUUACUUAAACAUGUGCCUUGCUAUCUUCCAGUUUCUUUAAAACGACCAGCAGGGGGCACCAGCAUUUUACCUCUAAUGCUAACGAACCAGAAACGGGUUUAUUGCCUGUAAACAAAGGAUUUUGCAGUGUAUUUGGUGCAUACAUAAACACAGUAAAAGAUCAAUUGCAGAAAAAUGUAAUAAAACAACAAUU